CAUGGCCAAGUAUCGGAUCUGAUCUGAAUGAAGUGGAGCUUCUCUUCCUCGGGAACUACCGCAACAGCAGCAGGCUGUGAAAGACUGAAACGAGUGCUGGAGCCGAUCGAUGUCGACCUGAACUGCCGCCGACCUACCAUCUGUGUUGGGUGUAGAUCUACUCUGUGUGAUGACCAGGGCGACCGAAGCUGCUGGCGCUGCCAGUGCAGUGGCCAUGGCUGCGUUGUGAGAUUGUUAUGUGCGAGUGCGCCCGAGUCCCGUGCUGCUAACUCACUGGUGUGUGUGUGUGUGUUGUCGACGGAGCGAAUAAUUUUGAUUCCAGUGGGACGAUCUUUAUCAUCGACGACCGUGUCGAGCAGUGCAGUAGCCGAGUAGGUAGUAGUAGGGUGAGUUGUCUACCCAUCAGCCAUCGGCCCUGCAUGGCCCUGCAAAUGCAAUGCAUGCGGCUAACCUUGAUUUGCGUGCAUAGUUAGCAACUGCCGUACUCGUUUCUCAGCCGUGCGACGAAUCGAAUGGUGGCACGGGCUGCUGCCACGACAGUUGGAAGUACCAGCAACCGCUGGAAAACAGUUGCUACUCCUGUCGUAGAUCUACUCCUACUGGCGAUUGGAUGUAAGCGUUGUGAGCGCAACGGAGCUGCGGUGUAGUUAGCGAGCUGUUUGGGGACCUGCCAGUCGUUCGGUGUUCCACUGCUGCUUGGAGAAGUGUCGCAAGGGCUGUGCUGAUGUCUGGAAUGGAACCUAAGCUGCAUGGACUUACUAAAGAGGAUUCCAGCCAUCACCUUUCCGCCCACGAUGGAGUUCAGUUCGCUCAGCAGACCGUGGCCAGGAUGAAAAAGAUCAUUGCCUCACCCAUGGGCAAGCGGAAACAAAAUGGAGCUGCAGCGUAUGGUGUGCCACUCGGUGAGCUCAUGAUUCAAGCUGGCCGUGUUGCUGUCGUGCCAGUAGUGAUGGACAAGCUGAUCGAUUUCAUCACCAAGCAUGGACUCGAUGAGCAGGGUUUGUUCAGAGUCAGUGGGAGUGCCAAAGUUGUGGAGAAGAUCAAGACCAUGUUCGAUCGAGGUGGUGACAUUGACCUGGAGCAGUUCAUGGGAGACCUGUCCGCAGUGGCUGGCGCACUGAAGCAGUUUUUGCGGGAGUUGCCGGAGCCUCUUAUACCAAGCUAUCAGCAUUCAAUGUUCAUCCGAGGUAGCAAAAAAUGCGAUGGCUGUGACGACAAGCUCGUUGAGGAACUGAAGAGUCUCGUCGCCAUCCUGCCCUUGACCAAUCGUAAUAUUCUCAAGUACCUCUGCAGUUUCCUGGACACGGUUGCGGAACAUGAGCAUAACAACAAGAUGAAUGCGAAAGGCCUUGGAAUAGUCUUUGGUCCCAAUGUGUUCAGAUGUACCAUGGAGGGCAUGGAGGGCCUGCAAGAGCAAACCUGCACGAACGUGAUCGUGGAGAAGUUUGUGUCUCGCUACGAGGAGAUCUUUGGGGAGCCUCCCUCAGCGUCUGCCUAUCAUAAAUCAGAGGUCAAUUCUCCAAUGUCACCAGUGGGAGGUGUACUACGCGUGAAACCGCAAGUGCAUGCUUCUUCGCCUCCGAACAGGCCCAAGCCUUAUCGCCAGUACAAGGCCGACAAACAGGAGGCCAGCAGCAGCCCCAAGCAUGGUCGCCACUCCAGUGACGGAGCCCUGGAAAGGGACGACGACAGCUCGGACGUGAACCACCCGAUGUCACCCAAGCGCAGCUUGUCCUUAGAGCAGGCUGACGAUGGGCGGCCAAGGAGGAUGAACCGGUGGGUGUCUGGAGGCGGCAAUGGCUCUUCACCGCAUCAGCAUCAUGGACGACAUGUGUCUGCACCGCGUUCACCUGGUGUCAUACGCCGUGUCUAUCUCGACAAAUCACUUGAAAGGGACAAGACGGACUCGGCAAAUGGUGAUGGAGCGUUACUUACUGUGCCAAAUGGAAUUGGUUUGAGUGCCUUGGACAAUGAUGGGCGUGCAGAUUCACCAUGGUCCCCGAGUGGAAGUGUCGUGACAACACCAGUGCCGGACUCAGCUGUCACUCCCACUAGCAAUGCGCUGAUCGAUGAGGUGAUUGAGAAUACGAUCCGGGAAAAGCUGCUGGGAAUGUCUAUCGGUGACGACGGCGACGAGAGUGCAAUCGGCAGCCUUGGCAGCGGCAGCAUUCAUCACUUCUCCGGUGAGGACAUGGCUGAGAUCAUGGCACCGGGCAGUCGCUAUGGCGAUGGUAGCCAGGACACGUCCACCGGGUCAUCCAGACUGUUUGUGCCUCGCAAACACUCCGCUGCGGAUGGUUCGCCGGAUAGUAACAGUGAAGAGGACGAUGUUGCACUGCGGGGCAACCAUCGGCCAGGCAGAGCAACCAUAGCAGAGAUUACCUCGGCAAUUCCCACCAUCCAAACCGAGGACGUGAGCAGGCAUGAUGCCGCACAGCCGGUGGAUAGUUUCUCUCCUUCUCGGCGAUCAGGUAGCGUGGAAACAACACUGAGCGUGGGCAGGGAGGCCCAGGCCACUAGGGGCAUGCGUAGCACGGAUCAGAACGGACGCUCAAUCGCAGAAGAAGGGACGAAUAUGACUGGUGAUGCAUCCGACACUGGGCUGGAUGGAAGCCAGAAAAAGAAGGAGCGCCCAGCAGUUCCACAAAGGCCCAAGGGCAGGAAGCCCAGCGUGGAUGGCGAUACACCGGACGGUGCCAUAGUCUCCACCAUAAGAGGUCCAGGCCGCAAGUUCGACGAGGUGACAGAGAAUGCCGAAGUUCUCAAGCCGCUGACACGAGAACGACCUGCAGGUCCACCUCGGCGUAAUGGCAGCCUAUCGAGAAAGGGCCGGGAACGCCUGGCCUCCAUUCCCUCUAUGAAUGCGGCAGACGGUGUCGGUCACCACAAUGGCAGUGGCGACCUACACCUGCACAACCAGCCGACCACCCUGCUCGAUCUUGCCAGUACGUGCACGCUAAAUCCCAACGACGACAUGCCACCACCGGUAGAUCCCAACGCUCUCUCCUACUCCAUCGUCAAUGGAGUGCGCGUGCGGCGCCGUAAGAAGCGAGUGCCAGUAACGACACAGCUGAGAAUGUCUGUUAGCAAGGACGAGAAGACGCAGCGCAUAUCGCUGUCCUUCGACGUGGGAAACCAGACGGCCAGAAAUAACGCCGCUGAGGACUGCAAUGGGGGCAACACGGCAGCCAGAAAUAACGCCGCUGAGAACUGCAAUGUGGAAAACACGACGGCCAGAAAUAACUCGGCUGAUGACUCCGACAAGGCAGACAACGAGGGCACGCCUGAGCAGAGGCGAAGUACGAUGCCGGAUGGUGUUAAACAGAAACGUCAUCUACCGAACAUACCAGCAGAGAAGCAGCGGAUGUCACAGAGCACAUCCCCGUCACCUGAAAACAUGUCGACUGCUAACGGACACGACGCUAAACCGUACGCUAUAGUGAUGGCGCUCCCGGGCCUGUCGCAGGAGAGUCGGACGUCUCGCGAAGACCUCCAGCGGCCAACGACCUCAUCCUCCUCGUCGCAGGGCAUGGAUGAUUUUGUCUAUCAGUGCAAAGUACCCACGCCGAACGAGUAUGAACGGAUGGAUGUGCCGGAAAUUGGCACUCAUGUUCAUGAACUGAAGGAAGUUGCUCACCGCCAUGACAAGCUGUUCUUUGAGAGGUUCAAGCGAAAGGCUCACCAGCCGGACCGCAUGGCUAUUCGUAACGUCAUCGUUAGUCUUGCAGCUGCCAAGAAGCGACUUGAAGGGCUGAAGAAAGAACAAGCGGAACAAGCGACUCUCAACGAGACGAGACCGUCCACGAGCAACGCAAUGCCUAGGCAAGAUCCACCAGCAUCGGCAGCAAACUCCUACCGCGGUCCUACACCAAUCUCAAGUCCCAGUCCAGAAGCAGCUCCGCCAAAUGACCGAGAUACCAACAACUCGGCACCCAAUGUGUCACGCGAGUCUCCCGCUUUCAGCCUGAGUACAGGCACAGAGGCGGCCGUCGAAGAGGUCUGGAAAGCUGUGUUGAUGAGCCGCAGAGCUGCCGGAAGGCCAUCUGAUAUCUUUGAAAUGACGGGGAGAGAGCUCACGGACGAAAAGCACGCCGUCCAGAAACAGCUGCUGAAGUACGAAUCUGCAUUUGGCAGGCCGAAAACAGGAGAAGAACGCCGCCUUCUGAAACCAGUCUAUGAACACUAUAAGGUGUUGAAGCGGGAAAUUGAACGCAAGGACAUCAGUCCGGAUGCCUUUGAAUCUCCACCGACCGCCAUCCAGUCCUUAUCUGGCACGAUGCUAGAAGACGGCGAUACGUUUGACUCUGAUGCACAUGCAAAGGCGUUUCGGUCAACUGCAAACCGUGGUCGGAUCAUGUCGGAUCGCAUCGGCCAGCGGUCUCCCUCGCCAGUUGCAAGCGGGGAGAGAGACAACUUGUCGCGAUCUUUGCCGGUGGCCAGUGCUACGGAUCACCUGCGCUCCGACAAACUGGCCAAGACAUCCGUGCUAGGAGGCGGAAGAGAAGGUGCCACGCGUAAAGGAUCCACCAUCAGCGAGGCGCCAAUCUCGUCCGGCUGGAUGGGCGACUUGAAAUUACUGAACCGAAUUGAGCUGCUGGAACAGUUCAAGGCAAUUACCGACUCUAAGCAGCGCGUGAAACGGAAGCUGAAACAGUAUGAGGAAGACUUCUUCCAGCGCACAGGCAGGCGAGUUGGAAAGGAAGAUCGAGGAGCAUUCAUCGAUGACUACGAGGAGUACAAGCACGCGAAAGCAAAGCUGCGUGUCAUCGAGGGCUUACUGGCGAAGGUCGACACGCGCAGCAACGAAACAUGCUGACCAGACCGCCGCCCACCCACUCACUCGCCGAGCGACUCGCUGUGCCUGGUUGGCAGCGCGGUGAAGCACGGCCUUCAAGCAAGCAGUGAGCCUCGUGACAGUCGCCGUUGCCUGGUAUAUUACUCAGUGAUUGGCACCUCGCAGCACACCUGCUCCUGUCCCUCUCUGGCCCUGUAAUACCUUUUAGACAGCAGCAGCAGCAGCAGCCAUGUAAUAAAGACUACUGGACAUGGUGAUGUUGAGCAGAUCAGAAAAACACACAGUAUUUGGUGAUUCUAUGGCCGGUCCGAAGUGUUCCUUAGCCAGCAUCAAACACAUGCCGGCAUGCCUGAUGAGUAAACACAUGCCGGCAUGCCUGAUGAGUAAACACAUGCCGGCAUGCCUGAUGAGUAUAAUUAUACACUAUACGUGUAGCUUGCACAGUGUAUGAGAGCGGCGUGUAGUAUCUGCAUGUCCUGGGUCUAGCCCACACUUCUAGUAUGCGCGCUUGUGAGAUUCCAGCCCUGUUGCUUCUGCCGAGGCGAGCAGGCUUUUCAAGAGCCCUUGCUAUUCACUCCCGUUUGAGCAUACUUGUACUUACGCGUAUCGCCCCCGCACCCUACCACUGAGCUAGGUUUACUACAAUCUUCUGACACGGUGCAGGUAGUUUGAUCAGGAGUUUACUUUUGUCAUAUGAUGAUCUAUAUGUUGUGCGCACAGUGUGUGGGAAUCCGCCUUACUGGUGGCCUGGCUACCUUCACACUCAUCUCCGAGUCUUGAUAUAUAUGCUUCGAAGUAUAUUUUUUGCUUUCAGCUCUACACACUGUUGAACAACCAUCAGCCAUUGCUUGCUGGUCGCUGGUCUCGCCUGUCCAUGAUAAUCUAUCUGAAGUUGAAAUCACCAG